AUCCGCUCCUGGUUUUGCUGCUCCGCUCCUCUGAACGCGUACCGUCCCUGACUCUCAACACUACAGCGAUUGCUGUGCAAGCAGAUGUUCUCUCUCUGAUGCCAGCUCUUACAAAUUUUUUUUUUUUUUUUUUGCAUUCGGAGACGGCGUUCUUUCGCGCGGAGGCUGCAAAGUGACCCGAAACAACAGAAAACUGCCUCACGCCUCGGCCCAGCGAGAGAGUUGCGAGCGGAUAGCGGCUUUGGGAAAAAAAUAAAAAAUAAAAAUUACGGCACAGUGAAACCCGCGGCGGCGAAGCGAGGCAGCACUUUAUUCACCACACCUGUGAUGCGUUGUUCUGAGCAACGAAGACGCAAGACCGGGAUACCGAUGGCCGCGGUACGGCAGGGGGAUAUGUGUUGAGUAAAAGACUUGGGCGUUGUGAAGAAGAAGAAAAAAAAAAAGGCGUUUACUGCUACAGAGGACACUCUCCGGACCAGAACAAGCCCAGUGUGCCGGGGUUUCUGCUCUGCUCCUUGCCCUUUUAAAAGUUAGUUGAUAGAAAAACGCGAAGAUGCCCUUACUUCUGGGCUCCUUUGUCCGCUGUGCGUUCAGCGCUACGCUCCUUGUGCUCUGGCUCGUCCUCGCUGGCUUCACCUGCACCGGUUCGGAGCACACCGCCACAGCAACGCUUCCUGCCGCCUUCUCAGAUCUGUUACCUCACUUCCUGGUGGAGCCAGAGGACGAGUACAUUGUGAAGAACAAGCCGGUAACACUGACUUGCCGCUCCACCCCGGCCACACAGAUCUACUUCAAGUGCAACGGCGAGUGGGUUCACCAGGACGACCACUUGAUUGAGCGGACAGUUGACCCAGCCACAGCGCUGCCAGUCAUGCAGGUGACAAUUGACAUCACCAGACAGCAGGUGGAGAAGAUCUUCGGUCUUGAUGAGUACUGGUGUCAGUGUGUCGCCUGGAGCACCACCGGAACCCAGAAGAGCCAAAAAGCAUACAUCAGGAUUGCUUACCUGAGAAAGAACUUUGAGGAGGAGCCACAGGGUAAAGAGGUGGCAUUGGACCAGGAGGUGUUACUGCACUGCCACCCACCCGAGGGAGUGCCACAAGCUGAGGUGGAGUGGCAGAGAAAUGAGGAUGUGAUCGACCCAGCGAGCGACCCCAAUUUUUUCAUCACAACUGACCAUAAUCUCGUCAUCAAAAAAGCCCGGCUGGCGGACACGGGCAACUACACGUGUGUGGCCAAAAACAUCGUCGCUCGCCGCAAAAGCACCUCUGCCACGGUCCUAGUCUAUGUCAACGGCGGCUGGUCCACGUGGACCACCUGGUCGUCCUGCAGUGCUGUGUGUGGGCGUGGCUGGCAGAAGAGGAGUCGGAGCUGCACCAACCCCACGCCACUGAAUGGAGGCACAUCCUGUGAGGGGCAGAACGUCCAGAAAAGUGCCUGUGUGGCCACCUGUCCAGUUGAUGGUGGCUGGAGUGAGUGGAGCAAGUGGUCGGCGUGUGGCGCAGACUGUUCGAUGUGGAGGAGCAGGGAGUGCACCCAGCCCUCCCCUGGCACGGGGGGCAAAGACUGCCAGGGGCUCGACCUCCAGUCUCUCAACUGUACCAGCGAGCAGUGCCCACAGACUGUGAGCGGGGCCGAGGACGUGGCGCUCUACAUCGGCAUGGUGGCGGUGGCCCUGUGUCUGACACUGCUACUCAUCGUGGUGGUCCUCGUUUACCGGCGCAAGAAGGAGGGCCUGGAUGCCGAUGUGGCGGACUCCUCCAUCCUCACCACUGGCUUCCAGCCCAUGGGCAUCAAGCCCAGCAAGCCAGAGAAUUCCCAUUUGCUCACCAUCCAGCCUGAUCUAACCACCACCACCACUAGUUACCAAGGCACCCUGCGCUCUCGCCAUGAUGCCACUGCGAAGUUUUCUAUGACCAACGGGCCUCUGCUGGACCCGCUCCCCAACGGCUCGCACACUCUGCACAAUGGCAAGCUUAACUCAGACCCUGCUGAGUUUGUGAGCAGGCUGUCCACUCAGACCUACUUCAAAACGCUGCCCCGCGAUGUGGCUAACACCUCCUAUGGGACCUUCAACUUCCUGGGAGGGAGGCUGACGAUCCCCAACACAGGAAUCAGUCUGCUCAUUCCUCCCGAGGCCAUCCCCAGAGGAAAGAUCUAUGAGAUUUAUCUCACUGUUCAGAGGAAGGAAGAUUUAAGGUUACCCCUGGCCGGCUGCCAGACCCUGCUCAGCCCCGUCGUGAGUUGUGGCCCCCUGGGGGUGGUCCUGAGCCGGCCAGUUAUCCUCAGCAUGGACCACUGCUCUGACGCAUGCCUCGAUAACUGGGCCGUCCGCCUCAAGAAGCAGAACUACGAGGGCGCUUGGGAGGACGUCCUGCUGAUGGGGGAGGAGCUGGUGUCGGAGCCCUAUUACUGCCAGCUUGAGGCUGAGACUUGCCGGCUGUUCUCUGAGCAGCUGGGCACCUUCGCCCUGGUGGGAGAGUCCCUGCACAUGGGUGCUGCCAAGCGCCUGAGGCUGGUGCUCUUCUCCGAUGCAUACUGUUCAACACUGGAGUACAACAUCAGGGUGUACUGCAUGGAUGACACGCAGGACGUCUUCAAGGAGGUGAUGCAGAUGGAACGGCAGCUCGGGGGUCGGCUGAUUGACGAGCCUCACAUCCUGCUUUUCAAAGACAGCUACCACAACCUGCGCCUGUCCAUCCAUGACAUGCCCCAGGCGCACUGGAGGAGCAAGCUGCUAGCCGGCUACCAGGAGAUCCCGUUCUACCACAUCUGGAACGGUUCCCAGCGGUACCUGCACUGCACGUUCACUCUGGAGCGGCUCAGCCUCAGCACCUGUGAGCUCACCUGCCAGCUGUGUGUGUGGCAGGUGGAGGGGGAGGGACAGAGCUUUAGCCUCGACUUUAACAUUGCCAAGGACACCCGAGCUUUGGACUCUGAGUUUCUGUUAAUGGACAGUAACGCCACAGCCCUGGCAGGGCCCAGCGCCUUUCAGAUCCCGUACCUCAUCAGGCAGAAGAUCUGCAGCAGCCUGGAUGCCCCCUGUCCCAACGGAGCUGACUGGAGAAUGCUAGCACAAAGACUUAAACUUGAGAGACACAUGAGUUUCUUUGCAUCCAAAGCGAGCCCAACCUCUGUGAUCCUGGACCUGUGGGAGGCACAACAUUUCCACAGCGGCAACAUCAACCAACUGGCCACGGUCAUGGCUGACAUUGGCAAACAAGAAGCCAUGAUAUUCCUGGUCUCUGAUGGCGAGUGCUAACCCAGAAAAGGGGGAAAGACUGGUGUAGAGGCAAAGUACACAACACAAGAACAACACAAAAAAAUGCCCCAACAAUAUCCGCAGCAGGAAUCAAAGAGCAGAGCUGUCCCAAUGUCCCUCUUCUUUACUUUAGAAGAUAGUGAAGGGUUUGUGAAGGAUUGAGUCCUUAUUUCCCUUGGAACACAGUAAAAAUCUUUAAAUGACAAACCAAAAGAGGGAAAAGGUAGACUUUAAGUGUGUGGGGAAACCUAUUCAUGAAGUCAGUAAAGAAAAUACCCUUUAUUUUCCAUCAAAGAUUGAAGUUAAAUGAGUCCACACCCUGGUUCUACUUUAAAGAUCACAUUAAAUUAACUUCAUGCAUUUUAUACAAGUAAGCCAUUUAUGGCUAACAAGGAGCAAUAUGCAAACAAAAUGCUAUUACUAAUGUCUAAUAGUGCAAAAUUCAAUGAAAAUGUUUUUAACUUAAGUUACGUGUUAAAUAUUAAAUAAAAGGGAUGUGACAAAUAGUGCCAGUCAUUUCAGGUUCAAGAGAACAGGCGACAUAUGCAAUUGGCAGGUUUGUUAUGACAUUAUCUCAAACUGAACACAUUUUUCGACGAGGUCAUCAGGGUCUGUGAACAUCCCCUCCCGUCCACUCCCAAACCCAGUGACACUGUAUAGAUGGACGUCUCCUUUGUGUCAUUAUCUGAUUCUUAAAACACGCGCACUCACACAGGCGGCUUGUAGCACAUCCUGGACUUGCAGGUUUAAAACAAGAUUGUAUGUCAGAGCCCCGAAAAUCUGUCUCAUCUUGUUUGUGUGUUUUUUGGUCCAGCCUGUAUCACUACUGUGAAUGUAACAUCUUGACAUCUCGAUUCAGCGAGACGCUUCGCAGCUUUCCUGCUUUUAAAUCGAUAUAUGUGGGG